AGAAUGUGCUUUGACAGUUCGUAAAGUCACUAAUUUCGUCGUUGUUAAUGUCUUCAAAUGCGAUAAUUUCGUGAAUGAUAUUAAAUGGUCACCGGACUCAAACCUUAUCCUUUGUGUUAUUAAACAGAUGAGAAUGCUUCAGGUGUUUUCGGUUGAAACAAGUGCAUGGUCUUGCACCAUUGAAAACGUCCCGCAUGUGGGCUUGAAAGAUGUUUGCUGGGCUCCGGAUAGCCGGCAUAUCCUCACAACGAGCGAAUUUAACUUGAGGAUCACAGUGUGGUCAUUAUCAAGAAAUUGCGUGUUCUUGGAAAACCCAAAGGCAUGCAAAAAAUCUUUGGCCUUUUCGCCUGGUGGACGUUUCCUUUGUACGUUAGGGCGUGAUGAGAUGAAGGACUACUUGCACAUUUAUGACUCAAACGACCCUCGUUGGUGUCGGGUUACUACCACACAGGUACCAACACGUGAUGCAGAGGGUGUUGAAUGGUCGCCCGAUGGACGGUAUAUCGCAGUCUACGACUCCUGUCUUUACGAUAAAGUGGCCAUUUUCAACGGAGACGGCACCUACCUUCGGGCUUUUGGCAUAAAUGGUACUUCUAGGAGCGAGGACAAAGAGAAUGCGGAUUUUAGCUUGGGGAUCAGAUGUAUCCAAUGGGCACCAUCUGGCCAACUUCUCGCUAUCGGGGGCGAUCGGGUGUGUAGCCAAAUGGUCAUUGGGAGUAUAACGACUGUCCUCAAUUACACUCACUUUCCCAACGGUUUUUUUGUUUCUAACAGCUACGACGGCAGGUGUCAUCUUUUGAACCACGCAACCUGGACCUCUGUGGUGGUGUUGACACAUCCUCUCAACAGGCCUAUCGAUCCACUGCUAGGACUGGGUCCCACGGGAGAAGUGUUGGAGAACCGCAUUGAGAACCGCGCGUCGAAAACCCAUAAAGUCGCCAUUUACCUUGAGACGCAUUGUCCACAUACUAUAAAAUCGCACUGCGGACCCUACGGUGACGUGGCGUCUGACGAGGAUUUAGGCCAAAGCUAUACCGUCUCUAACACUCCCUACACCGUCGUGCCUGUAAAACCAGACCCCAAAAAACCUAACCCAAAAAUGGGUGUUGGCCUUUGCCUUUUCUCGCCCACUGGCCGUUACCUGGUGACGCGGUUGGAAAAUGCGGCGCAUGUCCUCUGGAUAUGGUCCAUCGGUGUGCGAAUCGCACUGGUAGCCAUCCUGAGCCACUCCUCGCCCGUUCUCUCUGCCGCCUGGGACCCCCAAUCCACGGCCAGACUCGCCUUCUGCACGUCCACUGGUCGUGUGUUCGUGUGGACCCCGCUUGGGUGCCUCGCAACGGUGAUCGAGAAACUGAAUUCCAAGUUUCCUGUCAAGGCGUUGUCGUGGAGUGAAACCGGAGACGCCCUCCUCCUUCACUCGUCGAGGUCUUUCUGUGUCUGCUAUUUAGACAAAGAUCUUGCUGCCGCUGCUUCGAGGAACACGUGGAGUGUGCCCAUCACGGUGCGGCAUCCUUUGGAGGACAAGGUAGACCCCCAAACGCCCUUGAGAGACAGACUUUCUCUAGUCGAAUCAGACUUAGAUCUUCCAAGCUGGGCGUCAUCUGGAAGACCGAACCAGACACCGGCUACCAACAGCGUAACGUCUGGGUCAGCAAACUCCUCACGCCGUCCCAAUGUCUUUCCUCAAAACCAAGAACGAAGCCAGUGGGAGAAGUAG